GAGGACUCACCAGUCGCAAACUCAGUCACACAACAGAGCAGAUUGUAGCAGCGGCUGCAACUUCUGAGCUCUGAGGAGAAGGUUAGCAGAAAGCACACAGCUCCGGCAGCUCCUCGACCACUGCCUAGUUAGCUCCCAUGGCCAGCUACUUCGCCGCGCAGCUCAAGGACAUGUUCUUCGUGCUCGUCGAGCGCGUCACGGGCUAUGGCUGGACCACCCAAGCUCAGGAUGGUGCACAAGAGCCCACCAAGUUGACAUCUGAAGCGGUCUCUCCAGCUGAAGAAGAGGCGACCGUGGUGCAGAACAUUCAUAUCCGAGCAAGAAGCAGCGCGGAUCCCGUUGUGUCCAGUGGCACAAAGCCUCAGGUUAACUAGCGUUAUGAAGGGACUAUAGAGCUUGGCUGCAGUCUCUACUGUGCCUGCUUCCAUGGCCUCGAGAAGAUGCCUGCUGGUGUUUUUAACUUUUCAAGCAAGGAUGCGUAUGCGUAUCCCAGUCCUGUUGCGUCAUGCAAUCUGAUCAGAGCGUGUUCGAGUCCUAUAAUUCACUUAGUUUGUAAUCCCUGUCAUGUAUGUUUGUGUCGGCUCAUGGUCGAGCUUGGUAUUAGGUUGUCGGUGUUAUGUUUGCUGAUCAAGCUUGUAGUGUUCCUUCAUAAAGCGUGCAUUAAUAUGUUCGAUCCAUUCUUCAGCUUAA